AUGGAUAUUUUGAGAAUUAAGAAGAGAAGAAGUGCACAUAAGGCUGUGAUAACACGUCAACUUGGCAAAUUAGAAGAAUAUGCGGGCGAUAAUACGCACUUUACUACCGUUAUUGAAACUCUACGUAACAAACUUAUGGCGCUGGAAGAGAUCAACGAGGAGAUAAUGUCGCAGGUAGAUGAGGUAGACAUGGAGACCGAGAUGCUCGAGACUGAGGACUAUAUGCUGGAAGUUCGGCUACGCAUUGGAGAUUUGGAGGCUCAACACCGCGCUGCCGUGGAGAUCACCCGUUCCCCACAGAUUACCCUUGAGAAUACCACACUUGAGGAGCCCCUAAAUAGUAACAACCAUGAGACCGCACAACCCGUGCACAGAAUUGCCGAAGGAACUUCCGGGAACCGAAAUAAUAGUACAUCGGCGAAUAACAAAUUUUGCUAUCUGAAAACUCUAUUGUCCGACGAUGCUGCCAGUGUGAUUGAUGGUUUGAAUGUUACACAUGGAAACUAUUCAGAAGCUAUACAUUUACUCAAGGAACGUUUUGGUCAGACACAUAAAGUUGUAAAUGCGUACAUGCAAGGUUUGCUGGAUUUACCUAGACCAACUUCCCAACUGUCCAGUCUAAGACCGUUUCAAGAAAAGAUGGAGGCAUAUAUCCGUGGUCUACAGUCCCUAGGUCAAGGUCAUGAGUCCUUUGGAAAUUUACUUAUACCGGUCAUACUUGAAAAACUUCCGGCGGAGAUCAAGCGGAAUAUGACACGCGACCAUGGCGGGAGUGAAUGGCGACUUCCGGAACUUAGGAGAGCGUUAAAGAAGGAGAUAAAUAUAAUAGAUUCAGGCCAGCCAACACAGACUACAUAUGAACAUUUGGCAACUGCAUCUUUCCUUACCAGCACAAGACCAACACAAAAGAAGAAAUGUUUUCAACAUAUACAAGAAGUACAAAUACCCCAACGCCCCCAAUGUCCAUUCUGCAGUGAAAAACAUUUUGCUAAUGACUGUAAAAACAUCAUAAAUCCUAGGGAGAGAAAAGCCAUUAUUCAUCGCAAGAAACUGUGUUUCAACUGUUUAGGCAAACACAUUGUUGCUUCCUGUCGCUCAAAACACCGCUGUAGAAAAUGCAACCGGAAACACCAUACCAGCAUUUGCGAUCAGAGUAUCGGAAGCUCACUGAACACAUCGGCUCCAAGUUUCGUCCCUACUUCCGGUAGUGAAGCAACAACGCAUCUUACUUCCGGUUCCAGUGCACAAUCGGCCAUUCUACAUUCUGCAACACAAAGUAGAAACAAUGUAUUACUGAAGACUGCUGUUGCUGAGGUUACUUCCGGUCACGCCUGUGCUAAAGCAAACAUUUUAUUUGACGAAGGAGCGCAGCGUUCAUUUAUUACUCAUGAACUCGCCGAAACAUUACAAUUACAGAGACGCGGGUCCGAAGUUGUCCAUCUGGCUGCAUUCGGGGCGGAGUCCAAGAAAGUCGGCCAUUUUGAAACCGCCACAGUUUACCUGAUAACUGAGAACUCAGAGAAAAUUGCCAUUGAUGUCCUAAUUGUGCCGUCUAUUGCUGUGCCUUUACGUAACCAAAUACAAGCUGCCACACAUUUGCCAUAUUUACGAGGUUUGAAACUAGCCCACCCAGUACCGGAAGUUGACACAUUCAACAUAUCAUUACUAAUUGGAGCGGAUAGAUAUUGGGAGAUCAUUGGAGACCGUAUUAUACGGGGCGACGGACCAACAGCUGUACAGUCAAAGAUUGGUUUUCUUCUGUCCGGACCACUUCCGGUGACGUCAUCAAGUAAAGCUACGAACUACAUUAUGAAUAUUAUUACAUCUGCACCAGAUUAUGAUGAUCUUGAGCGAUUCUGGAAAUUGGAAUCCAUCGGCAUUUUACCCGCAGCAGAAGAAAAGGCUUCUGACUACUUGCAUAAUUAUCAGAAGAACUGCAUUACCUUUGAAAAUGACAAGUAUACUGCUUCGUUGCCAUGGAAACCUGAUCACCCUAAUUUACCCGACAACUAUAACAUCACAUUAAGAAGAACUCAGAACACCAUACGACGAUUACGUGAAGACCCCCCUUUACUACAAAAGUACGACGGCAUAAUUAAAGACCAGGAAAAGGGAGGAUUUAUAGAGAAAGUGAAUGUUUUACCAAGUGAGCGUCCCGUGCACUAUAUCCCACAUCACGGAGUAAAGAAACAUUCGGCCACCACCCCUAUCCGUAUUGUGUUUGACUGUAGUUGUCGUCAAAACAAAAAUUCACCGAGUCUUAAUGAUUGCCUUGAAUCAACCCCUCCUGAGAUCAACGAAUUGACAAGUAUUUUAGUGAACUUUAGAAAGCACAGAUAUGCCGUCUGCACAGAAAAUGAGAAGGCAUACAUUUGUCUUUUUACUUGUGCUUCGACCAGAGCUGUUCAUCUAGAAGUAGUCUCAGAUAUGACUGAAUCUUCAUUUUUACAAGCGUUUAGGCGAUUCAGUAGCAGAAAAUCUCUACCCAAGGUUAUGAUAUCUGAUAACGGAACAACUUUUCAAGCAGCAGCAAAUACAAUACGCCAAUUAAUGAAUUCUACUUCCGUAAAAGACACGUUGCACAACCAUGGUACAGAGUGGCGAUUUAUUCCCAUGCGCGCUCCCUGGUUUGGUGGUUGGUGGGAAAGAUUAAUCGGUCUUACCAAAACAGCUAUCAAAAAGGUUCUUGGUAGUGCAUACGUCACUUAUGAUACUCUCCAAACAAUCGUAACAGAGGUAGAAAGCGUCAUGAACGACCGUCCAUUGACUUACGUUACGUCAGAGUCAACCGACCCAGAACCAAUUACACCAGCUCAUUUGCUAUACGGACGGCGUUUGACAACCCUGCCUUACAAUGAAGAUAUAUCCGAACCAAAACCAGUUUCAAGAGAUGGGAUUACCAAACAAGCGAGAAUACAGUCACAGAUCAUUAGCCAUUUCCGGGAUAGGUGGCGCCACGAGUACUUGACGUCAUUACGCCAGUAUCACAAAACUACGGGAAACAAUAGCCAAACGAUAAAGGUCGGCGAUGUAGUAAUUAUUCAUGAUGAAACCCCGAAAUCACAGUGGAAAUUAGGAACUAUUGAACAAUUGAUCACUGGUAAAGAUGGAUUGACACGAGCGGCCAUGGUUCGCACCAGUAACGGGCACACUACAUCAAGACCAAUUGUAAAGCUGUACCCCCUUGAGACUAUGUAA